AUGGCAGACUCAUCUCCGCACGCAAGCAAACGCAGAGCUCAUACGAAAUCGAGGACAGGUUGUGCCGAGUGCAGGAGGAGACGUGUGAAGUGCGGAGAAGAGAAGCCGAGUUGUAGACAUUGUUUCCGACGAAGUAUCCCAUGUCUGUAUCCAUCUCAGGAUACUCUCCCGAUUCACCCAGCCGAAGCGAGCUCGUCGCCCGUAAGUGUGGUAACAGCAGUAGCAAGUAAAACUGCCGCUGCCACUGCAGCUCAACUGCCGCAGUCUCCUUUGCCGAGUGAUGGCCCAAUUCCAACUUACACCAUUAAGGAUAUGGCUCUAUUACACCACUGGACAUGGUCGACGAGCCAGAGUAUUGCCGACUUCCCCGACGUGAGCCGCUACUGGCAGACCGUGUUUCCACAGAUUGCGUUUGAGCACACUUUCGUCAUGCACGCUAUUCUCAGCUUGGCGGCUUUGCAUCAGGCAUACCUUUACUCGGAAAGAAGAAAGCAAUUGACAAUGGAGGCUAUGCGGUAUCACAACCAGGCAAUACAAGGCUUCCAGCGCGGCAUUGAGCAUAUGAAUGAUAGCAAUAGCGAUGCGCUGUUCGCCUGCUCCUCGUUAAACAUCAUUUAUGUGUUCGCCAUGUACGGGCAACUUUACGAGGAUGCGGAAUUCGAUAUGACCCCGGUAGCCCGAAAGUCACGAAUACUAGGCGCGGAAUGGCUUCCAAUGGUACGUGGUGUUGAGGCUAUUCUACAUCCCGUGUACCAGCGCGUCCGGCUCGGGCCAUUGAGUUCGCUAUUGAACCUUGGAAAUUGGGACCACCUGGAUCCGGACUCCGAGCAUGUAGCCGAUGAUGAGCGCUUCCGCAGCCUUGGCAAUAUAUGGAAAGAUAGUGGCGACCGUGAAAUCUAUGAUAAGACGUUAUUUCUUCUUAGAAAAGCUCUAGCAUAUAUGAAACAGUUUGAAACCAUGAAUGCUGAGACCGCGGAGACCUUGAGCUAUAACAGGAGAUUAUCUGGGCCUCUUAUCUGGAUAUACACCGCGCCUGGGGAAUAUUUUCUGCGAUUACACCAACGGCAACCACAUGCGAUGCUGCUCUUUGCUUAUUUUGGUGUGGUAUUCCAUAGCAUGAAUGGUUACUGGUUCUUUGAGGGAUGGGGAAGGAAUAUCGUAAAAGUAGUUGAUGAACUAUUGGGGGAGUACUGGGAACCGUGGACAGAAUGGCCAAAACUGGUUGUAGGUCUAUCAUAG